AUGGCGCGUCAUUGGAGAGGGACGAUGAUGGCGGCGGUCGGUGCAUCAGAAGUGAUCACACAGCUGGAAAGCGCUGCCAAAGUUUUAAUGGCACCGCCGUCCAUGGUCAGCACAGAACAGAGGCAGCAUGCUGAACACGUAUUUCUCUCCUUCAGGAAGUCCAAAUCCCCUUUUGCCAUCUGCAAGCACAUCCUAGAGACCAGUAAGGUGGACUAUGUGCUGUUCCAGGCAGCCACAGCCAUCAUGGAGGCCGUCGUGCGGGAGUGGAUCCUGCUGGAGAAGACCAGCAUCGAGUCGCUCCGGGCAUUCCUUCUCACCUACGUCUUACAGAGACCCAACCUGCAGAAGUAUGUCCGUGAGCAGAUCCUGUUGGCCGUGGCGGUCAUCGUGAAGAGAGGCUCUCUGGACAAAUCCAUCAACUGCAAAAGCAUCUUUCACGAGGUCGGCCAGCUCAUAAGCAGCGGGAACCCCACAGUGCAAACACUGGCCUGCUCCAUCCUCACCGCUCUACUCAGUGAGUUCUCCAGCUCCAGUAAGACCAGCAGCAUCGGCCUCAGCAUGGAGUUUCACGGCAGCUGCAAGCGUCUGUUCCAGGAGGAGGGCCUGCGUCAGAUCUUCAUGUUGACCAUGGAGGUGCUGCAGGAGUUCAGCCGCCGCGAGAACCUCAACGCCCAGAUGUCGUCAGUCUUUCAGCGCUACCUGGCUCUGGCCAACCAGGUCCUCAGCUGGAACUUCCUGCCACCCAAUCUGGGGCGCCACUACAUCGCCAUGUUCGAGGCCACGCAGAACGUCACGCUCAAGCCUACGGAGUCCUGGAGGGAAGCGUUGCUGGACACCCGCGUCAUGGACCUCUUCUUCACCGUACACAGGAAGAUUCGGGAGGACUCGGACAUGGCCCAGGACUCCCUGCAGUGCCUGGCCCAGCUGGCCUCCAUGCACGGGCCCAUCUUUCCUGACGAGAGCGCCCAGGUGUCCUACCUGGCUCACCUGGUGGAGGGUCUGCUGAGCAUGAUCAACGGGAUUGAGAUCGAGGACUCGGAGGCAGUUGGCAUCUCCAAUAUCAUCUCCAAUCUGAUCACCAUGUUCCCUCGGAGUACUUUAACAGCGCUGCCCAGCGAUCUCUUCACCUCCUUCAUCAACUGCCUCACUUUGCUCACCUGCUCGUUCGGACGCAGUGCCGCCCUGGAGGAGGUGCUGGAUAAGGACGACAUGGUUUACAUGGAGGCCUACGACAAGCUGCUGGAGUCCUGGCUCACGCUCGUCCAGGACGAGGAGCACUUUCCUCGUGGCUGCUUCGUGCAGCCGGCGAUCCAGGUCUUCAACUCGUAUAUCCAGUGUCACUUAGCUGCUCCUGACGGCACACGCAACCUGUCAGUGAAUGGCAUAUCGUCUCACGAUGAGGACGAGAUCAAUGAGCUGCAGGAAGACGACCGGGAGCUGUUCUCAGAUCAGCUGUCGAGCAUCGGCAUGCUGGGACGUGUGGCAGCAGACCACUGUAUCCCCCUGCUCACAAGUCUGCUGGAGGACCGGGUGACACGGCUGCACGGCCAGCUCCAGAGGACGCAGCAGCAUCUCAUGGCUUCAUCUGACCCUGGAUCAAUGGACCGCAAAGUCCUGGACGACCUCUAUGAGGACAUCCACUGGCUCAUACUGGUCUCAGGGUAUCUAUUAGCAGACGACCCUCAGGGUGAAACUCCGUUGAUCCCCUCGGAGGUGAUGGAGUUCUCAAUCAAACACUCGACGGAGGUGGACAUCAACACGACGCUGCAGAUCCUGGGCUCACCGGGGGAGAAGGCCUCGUCCAUACCGGGCUGCAACCGCACAGACUCCGUCAUCAGGUUGCUGUCGGCGGUUUUGCGGACGUCAGAGGUUGAGUCCAGGGCGACCAGAGCGAGCCUGACGGAGCUGCUGAGCCCGCAGAUGGGGAAGGACAUCGUGUGGUUCCUCAGACGCUGGGCCAAGACGUACCUGCUGGUGGACGAGAAGCUCUACGAGCAGAUCAGCAUGCCCCUGAGCACAGCGUUUGGCGCAGACACGGAGGGGGCCCAGUGGAUUGUGGGAUACCUUCUGGAGAAGGUGAUCAACAACCUGUCUGUGUGGAGCUCGGAGGCGGAGCUGGCCAACGACACUGUGGAGCUGCUGGUGACGCUGGUAGAGAAGAGGGAGAGGGCGAACAUCGUGGUGCAGUGUGAGAGCUGGUGGAACCUGGCGAAGCAGUUUGCCAGCCGCAGUCCGCCUCUCCACCUGCUGUCCAGCUCGGUGCAGAGGUCUCUGAUGAAGGCUCUGGUCCUCGGAGGCUUCGCACACAUGGACUCUGACACUAAACAGCAAUACUGGGCCGAGGUGCUUCACCCUCUUCAGCAGCGUUUCCUCAACCUCAUAAACCAGGAGAACUUCGCUCAGAUCAGCCAGGAAGAAGCCGUCAAACAGGAAAUCGUCGCUACGUUAGAGGCGCUGUGCGGCAUCGCAGAGGCGACGCAGAUCGACAACGUGGCCUCGCUCUUCUCUUUCCUCAUGGACUUCUUGUCCAGCUGCAUCGGCCUCAUGGAGGUUUACAGCAACACACCCGAGACAAUCAACCUCAUUAUUGAGGUUUUUGUGGAAGUGGCUCACAAGCAGAUCUGCUACUUGGGAGAGACUAAGUCCAUGAAGCUGUACGAGGCCUGUCUCACGUUGCUACAAGUCUACUCCAAGAACAACCAGAGCCGGAAGCGAAGCGACGCCACGGCCGAGGAGGACCAGUACCAGGACCUGCUGCUCAUCAUGGAGCUGCUCACCAACCUGCUCUCCAAAGAGUUCAUCGACUUCAGCGACACAGAUGAGGUGUUUCGGAACCAAGACCAGGGAACGCCGGCCUCCAAUAGGACAGUAUCGGCAGCAGAUGUGGUUCUUUAUGGCGUCAAUAUUGUUCUUCCACUCAUGUCUCAGGACCUGCUCAAGUUCCCCUCUCUGUGUAACCAGUACUACAAGCUCAUCACCUUCAUCUGUGAGAUCUUCCCAGAGAAGAUCCCACAGCUGCCUGAAGACCUCUUCAAGAGCCUCAUGUUCUCCCUGGAGCUGGGAAUGACCUCGAUGAGUUCAGAGAUCAGUCAGCUGUGCUUGGAGGCAUUGUCUCCUCUGGCUGAACAGUGCGCCAAAAACCAGGAGAAGGACACGCCUCUCUUCAUCGCCACUCGUCACUUCCUCAAGUUGGUGUUUGACAUGCUGGUCCUGCAAAAACACAACACAGAGAUGACGGUGGCAGCAGGAGAAGCUCUUUACACACUCGUGUGCCUGCACCAGGCGGAGUACUCGGAGCUGGUGGAGACACUGCUCUCCUCUCAAAGAGACGCCGUCAUCUACCAGCGGCUGGCCGACGCCUUCAACAAGCUGACGGCCAGCAGCACGCCGCCCACCAUGGACCGGAAACAGAAGGUUGCCUUCCUCAAGAGCCUGGAGGAGUUUGUGGCCAACGUGGGCGGCCUGCUCUGCGUGAAAUAACCACUGAGAAACCGACUCCGCCUCGAUUCAUCGUUUUGAAAAGCAACCAAUCAAAGACUCCCCCACCCACCAACCCUGGCUUCAUCCCUAUGAACUAUGGGUAGAGGAGACAGCUCGGAGGACCUCUCUGUCUCUGCACCUGCUGGGGAAUCAUCUCAUGCCUGAAUGUUGACCCCGUGUUCUCAUCCUCGGGUUUCCUCUUUUGGUUUUGUUCUCCUCCCCAACCGUUACGCACAUCAUGACGAGAGAGAGGCGGAGCAGCGGCUGAUGUCGAUGGAGUUGUCCUCCUCCUCCUCAUGUGCCUGGAGGCCGCCAGAGUGCACACAAACACACACACAGGAACACACACACACACACACACAAACACACAUACAGGGUAAAACAGGUUGCUGUUACUGAAAAGUGAAGAAGUUUUUUCCAGUGUGAGGGUUUAUAGAUGAAGGUAUUAGAGGGGCCUUGGCGACACACACACACACUUCUUUUUUUAACAGUUUCCACACACACACACACACGUCGCCCCAAUCCUUCCCAGAGUGCCUUUGUUUUGUUGAUUGUUCUGUGCGUUUGUGUGCGUGUGUGUGUGUGCGCGCACGUGCGUGCACAAGAGCGAGCAAAUCACGUCAUACAUCAACUGACAAGACACGUCGACUGUGCCUGCCAUUCGCCAAAAAACUCAGUGGAUGCACACACAUUCACAAACACACACACGUGCACGGAACAUUACACGCACGUGACAUGUUGCCAUGACAACAAAGGUAUGGCUAUGGCCGGCCCCCGCUGUCUUUGGGCUUGCUGAACCACACAGCACAGGAGGGCGUUUGUUUGUUUGUUUGUUUGUUUAUUUGUUUGAUUGUUGGCGAUGACAGAAAACCAAAAUCAGAUUGCAUUUCACUAAAGGGUGUACAUAUAUAUACAUAAAUAUAUAUAUAUAUAAAAUGUUUUCAGACCAGAAACCAUGAGAAAUGUUUGUUCAAAGACAAAAAAAGAAACGGACUGAAAUGUUUUUAUAUGCCAGUGGACGGCAGGAAGAGCUGUAUGAGUUCAACAUUGUCUGAAUUCAGCUAAAGAGGGAGCAACUUUCUCUGUGUUGACCUUUUUGCAGUUUGAUAUUUUGGAUUGUAGUUCGACGUUGCAGCCGCCUCCCUCCGGACAGACGAAGGCCCGCGAGAUGGCUCGGGCCUCUAAACUUUAGCAGAGUAAUUUGAGUAGUUUUGUUUUUUGUUUUUUUUUCUACAGCAGCACAUCCACCGUAUCACUCUUCAGCACACACUGGAUCGAAGCAGAGACUGUUGGAGUUGAAGGACAGCAAUAACAAACCAAAUAAAAAGGAGCAGAGCCACUUGUUGAAGCAUUAUGUUGCAGACAGAUUCCUCCUCGUUCAGAGCACUAUCCUGGUUAUUGUAGAAUGGCUGUUUUGUUAAUGAAGUGUAAAAGUGUACAUAAACUUAUUGUAUAAAAUGUUCUGGCCUCUGCAUUUUCCUUAACAUGU